GAUGAAAAAGAAAAUGAUGAUGUGGCACGCUGAAAGGUGGUUAAAGUUGAUCUAAACGAGUAAAAUUUAAAACAAUAUGCGGAUGAAUAUUAAUUUUCAAAUAAGAAAUUCAAUAGGAAGCAAAAUCCAACUUAUCCAGCAUAAGGUCGCACUUGGCUGAGAUAUCCUAACCUAGCAACCAAACGCUCCUCCAGGAGAAUGACCAAAGCCUCCAAAGAGCGCAGAAUAUAAGGAGAAAGCAAAGCAAGCAAAAACAAAACAAAACGUAAUUAAUUAAUUGGUGGUUUUAGGGGCAGAAUGGGAAACGAAGCAAAAACCUCUAACACCAACGCCACCAGCAGCAGCAACGUAGGAGGAGGGAGAGGAUUGAGGGCGAGAAUGGAUCACUACAUAUACAGCGGUGAAAAGAAGCACGUGAUGGCUGGCAUAGCGAUUAUCGCCGUCGUUUUCGGUGCCCCUUGGUUUUUAAUGAACCGAGGAGCGAAGCAUCAGUCACACCAAGAUUAUUUGGAAAAAGCUGACAAAGCACGGAGUCAACGACUUUCUUCUGCUAAAUAAUAGUUGAGUUCUUUGAUCAAGUUAAAGGGUUUCCUUGAGCAACUUUUUGAUAGUCAGCAUAGAAGCUCUUGCUGCAUGGUACUCUGUUUUUUAUGUCCUUCAUUCCCUAAAACUAUAAUACCUGGAAUGCUGAAAAAGGAAAGUGGCCAAGCAAUAAUAUACUUACUAGAUGCAGUCUUUGAUUUGUGAAAGUAGUCAUAAAAUGCUCACCUUCAAGGUCAACAUUUGUUUCAUAUUUGUGAUUAUAAUUUUGAUUUUAAAUCAAAAAUUUGCCCCUGGUGUUUCUUUCACCAAAUUAUCUUCUCUGUUAAUAAAUUAUAAAGCAAACUUAAGAUUGAUUUAGCAUUAUAUUAUUAAGUAUCCCCCGUCCCCUUCUUUUCCUUGAACUUUUUUGUGGUUAUUUAUAGUGAAUGCUAGCUAUGGACUUGCCUUGCCUUCUAUCAAUCCCUAUUCUUUUAACCCUUUUAUUUGAACUUCUCAAUUCUUGGGUCCGAUGCUAAUUAUUCUAUUUGAUUCUAUUAGUUCUAUGUGAUAAUAUUCAACAUUGUUUUCCCAUAGUUUUGAGGGAUUUGCAGAGAAUAUUGAUUUUAACUCAUUAGAUGGUUUUUGCUUUCAAGGCCGUUUGCGCUGAUUAUCAGGUUCAUAAGCCAGUUGCUAGCAAUGCCAUAUCCAAGUACAUAAAUGAUAACAGCAGUGAUAGAAAAUUAAUGCUUUUUUUUUUUAUUUAGCAGCAGUGGGAUUUUAGGCUUUGUUUAAUGCAUCUCCUCUCUAUCAUUUCACAGUCUCUUAGCAGAUUUGAAUUCAAAUAAUAAAAAUGAAUUAAGACAGCAAAGAGAGAAGCACACCUUUUUGUCAUUUGCACCAAUUAUACCAACCAUCCGUUGGAGUAAACUAAUGGUUUCCCCCUUUUCCACAAU